CACGGUGUGAAGUGUAAAAUGUAUAAUAACAAAGCAAAUACCAAGCGAGUGUCACUUUCAGAUUCAUCAGAAUCUGUUUUGGUUUCCCUGUCUGUUUCAGUUGCACUGCAUGAAGACAGAUUCAGUUUGUCAUCACUGCUGAUGAGGGGCUCACCAACAUCACUGCUCAUAUCCUUGUCAAGAGCAGGCAACACUUAGGCUGUGAAAAACUAGGGAAGCCAUUAUUACUGGGUACUCCUACAGAGAGAAAGAAGAAUCUGCCAUUUACUGUAAUGUUUAAAUGGAUGUGAAAGAGGAGGUGUGUGAGGCUGACAUGAAUAUCAUGGAGGAGAGGACUAUAAAUUUUGAAGAGGACUGUGAGUGGGAGAGUGUUGACCCUAAGCAGAAGAGUCCGAGCAUUAAGAAAGAGGACUGUGAACUGGGGUCAAUGAGUAUUAAAGAGGAGGAUGAAGGGGAGUUUGUCAGCACUGAGAUACACAACUAUAGGAGUAUGGAGAGUGUCAAGGAAGAUGACCUUCAUUGUGGACAUUAUGGAGAUCAAGAUGGAGCAGUGACCGGGUUAGUCUGUUCUCAGAGCAGACACUCUUCAUCUCCCGAGUCUUCUAUUAAUGUAAAAUAUGAAUCAUUACAGUAUGACACAAAGAAUGAAGAAAUGUCUACUCCUAGAACUCGGCGAGGUCAGUCACCACCUAAGACAUCAUCUGAAACAAGAAUCAAACUUCACUGCUGUUCUGAAUGUGGAAAACAGUUUUUACUGAGGCAGUAUCUUCAGCGCCACCAAAGAAUUCACUCAGGAGAGAAGCCAUAUUGCUGUUCUGAAUGUGGAAAACCGUUUUUACUGAGACAGUAUCUUCAGCGCCACCAAAGAAUUCACUCGGGAGAGAAGCCAUAUUGCUGUUCUGAAUGUGGCAAACAGUUUUUACGGCGAAGCCAUCUUCAGCGCCACCAAACAAUUCACACAGGAGAAAAAUCACAUUGCUGUUCUGAAUGUGGCAAAAUGUUUUCAUGUAAAAGCUAUCUUCAGAGCCACCAAAGAAUUCACACUGGGGAGAAGCCAUAUUGCUGUUCUGAAUGUGGGAGAAAGUUUUCACAGAAAAGCCAUCUUCAGCACCACCAAACAAUUCACACAGGAGAGAAGUCACAUUGCUGUUCUGAAUGUGGCAAAAAGUUUUCAUGGAAAAACUAUCUUCAGAGCCACCAAAUAAUUCACACAGGGGAAAAGCCAUAUUGCUGUUCUGAAUGUGGCAAAAAGUUUUCAUGGAAAAGCAAUCUUCAGAAACAUCAAAGAAUUCACACAAGUGAGAAGCUGUAUUGCUGUUCUGAAUGUGGAAAUCAAUUCUCUUCCCAUCGUUAUCUAAAGAGUCAUAUUACAACUCACCCAGGAAAGAAGCUGUAUUGCUGUUCUGAUUGUGGCAAAAAGUUUUCAUGGAAAAGCUAUCUUCAGAACCACCAAAAAUUUCACACAGGGUAGAUCCUGUAUUGCUAUUCUUAAUGUGGUAGUAAGUUUUCAUAGAGAAGCCAUCUUAAGCGCCACCCAAGAAUUCUCCUAGGAGAGAAGCCCUAUUGCUGCUUUCAAUGUGGUAAACAAUUAUGUCUCAGUAGUUAUCUUCAGAGAUACAUUAGAACUCACCCAAGAUAGAAGCUGUGUUUCUGUUUUGAAUGUUGCAAAAAGUUUUUACAAAGAAGCUUUCUUCAGAGACAUGGACUUUUGCACAUUAGAGAGAAAAGAAAUGCAGAAACCACCCCCACCUUGUCCACAGAUGAACACAGUACAAUAUUCUAAUCCACCGCAGAAGAAGAAAGAAUUCAUAAGGGUUGAUGAAAACAAAAAAUGAACAAAUUGGGAAAACUAUAAGUAAAGUGGUAAAUAUACCCUUUAGACCCAUCUUAACAAAUUACAAUCCCUUCUUAUACUCUGCAAAAAGAAGCCUUAGUAGGAACAAUGCAAGUUCUAUUCUGAGUCUUUGUGGGAAACUUAAGAGAGGGGGAAGUUAAGCAGUGCAAUGAGACUGUCC